AUGUCUUCUGGAAGUAGUCUUGUGGUUCCCAUGGUGCUUUGGGGCCGCUAUGCCCCAACCCACUGUGUUUCGGCCAUUUUGAUGACGCCAGAUGGCAAGUACAUUGUGACCGGAUGCAACGAUGGCCAGAUUGUUGUCUGGGAUGUUCUGGAACAUUUUCAGGUGGCCGCCAGAAACAUGUUAUUUGGCCACACAGCAGCAAUAAGUUGUCUGGCAAUGGGAAGUGAACAUAGAGAGAGAUGUUACAUCGUUAGCUCUUCUGAAAAUGGGGAGAUGUGUCUCUGGGAUGUCAGUGAUGGCCGCUGCAUUGAGAAUAACAAAAUGGACAAGGUUCACUCAGAUAUUGCAGCAUACCACCUCAAGUCAGCUAAAGCCUUGCGUCUUGUCUGCAAUGGUUAUUAUGAUGAGAUUGUCAUCAUUGACCCCUUGAACCUGGAGAUUGUCUACCUGCUUGUGGCCAGGGUAGAAUCGGACUGGAUCAGUGCAUGCUGUAUUAUCACUCCACCAAACAGAGAUG